AUGGCAACCAUCAAUGCCCAGGACCUCAAACAAAGAAUUGGGCACUUUCGAGUUCUGAUCAUGGGGAGAGCAAACGCAGGCAAAACGACUAUUCUUCAGAAGGUCUGCAACACCACGGAUCAACCAGAAAUUUAUGAUACCAAAGGAAACAAGAUCGAUGCUGACAUCGUCGAAUCAUCUAUCAAGCGCGGAAAUCACAACAUCACGAACGAGAUGAUAUUCAAGAGCAAUCCCGUUUUCAUAUUUCACAACUCCUGCGGUUUCGAGGCGGGCUCUGAAGACAAAUUCGAGGACAUGAAGAAAUUCAUCUCGGAACACGCACAUGCGACAAAAUUGGAGGAACGAAUCCAUGCCAUAUGGUAUUGUAUUCCAAUGGACGACCCGUGUCGAACAUUCCAGCGGUCAGAAGAGAAGUUCUUCUUGGAGUGCGAUACUGGGCGUGUUCCCGUGGUCGCGAUAUUCACCAAGUUCGAAGCUCUGAAUCCAUUUGCUUAUGGAGAAAUCAAGAAGGAAUUAAAAGGGGUAUCGGGUGAAGAACGCUCAAGGAGGAUUGCCCAACGCGUCGAGGGACUGUUCACUAAGACGGGUGUCUGGGAUCGGUUGUGCAACCAUGAGAACCGUGCCCAUCCCAAGUCCUAUGUACGCUUGCAGAAUAUGAACAAACAGAAUACAAACUGCGACGCUCUACUGGAAAGCACCACUCUCGCAUUGGACGAUGAAGAACUGCGGUUGUGCUUGGUAUCGACGCAACAAUCGAACAUGGAGCUUUGUAUCAAGUGUGCUAUCACAUGA